AUGAACUCCAUGCGUUUUGCUCGCGCCGCUCUGCGGGUUCGUCCUACAGCUUUGAAAACUCCUGUGAUGUGCAGAGGGUAUGCGGAGGCAGUUGCGGAUAAGGUCGGGAGUUCCCGUUUUGUUUUUAUGAUCAAGUUGAGCUUGGCUUUGCCUCAUCAGUCCGUCUUCAAAUCCCAAGAUGUCGUCCAAGUCAACAUCCCCGCUGAAUCCGGUGAAAUGGGUAUCCUCGCCAACCACGCUCCAUCCAUCGAACAGUUGAAGCCAGGUCUCGUUGAGAUUAUUGAGGAGAGUGGUGGAAGCAAGCAAUUUUUCCUUUCUGGAGGAUUCGCAGUCGUUCAACCAAACUCUUCAUUAAGCAUCAAUGCAGUAGAGGGAUUCCCAUUGGAGGAUUUCAGCGCGGAUGCGGUCAGGUCACAAAUUGUUGAGGCUCAGAAGAUUGUUGGAGGAAGUGGAAGUGAGCAGGAUAUUGCUGAGGCCAAGAUUGAGUUGGAGGUUUUGGAGAGCUUGCAAGCUGUCCUCAAGUAG